AUGAGGGACUCGUACACGGUGACGCUGCCCGAGGAGCCCCCCGCGCUCCCCGACCUUCACAAGGAGCUGCGCCCCCGCGCCUCCAUGCCAGGGUCCCUGCUGGUCUCAACCUUCGUCGGGCUCGUCCUCAACAAGACCAAGAGCUCCAAGGCGGUGCAGGGGCUGACCGGCCUGCGGAACCUGGGCAACACGUGCUUCAUGAACUCCAUCCUGCAGUGCCUGAGCAACACCAGGGAGCUGCGGGAUUACUGCCUGCAGAACCAGUACCUGCGGGACCUCAACAACAACAGCCGCAUGCGCACCGCGCUCAUGGCAGAGUUCGCCAAGCUGAUCCAGCUGCUCUGGACCUCGUCCCCCAACGACAGCGUGAGCCCCUCCGAGUUCAAGACGCAGAUCCAGCGAUACGCCCCCCGCUUCGUCGGCUACAACCAGCAGGACGCGCAGGAGUUCCUGCGGUUCCUCCUCGACGGGCUGCACGGCGAGGUGAACCGCGUGCUGGUGCGGCCGCGGGCCGGCGCCGACAGCCUGGACCACCUCCCCGACGACGAGAAGAGCCGCCAGAUGUGGAGGAGGUACCAGGAGCGGGAGGACAGCCGGGUUAGCGACCUCUUCGUCGGGCAGCUCAAGAGUUCCCUGACCUGCAGCGAGUGCGGCUACUGCUCCACAGCCUUCGACCCCUUCUGGGACCUCUCCCUGCCCAUCCCCAAGAAAGGCUACGGCGAGGUGACGCUGAUGGACUGCCUCCGGCUCUUCACCAAAGAGGACGUGCUGGAUGGGGACGAGAAACCGACGUGCUGUCGCUGCAAAGCCAGGACGAGGUGCACCAAGAAAUUCAGCAUCCAGAAGUUCCCCAAGAUCCUGGUGCUCCACCUGAAGCGCUUCUCGGAGGCCAGGAUACGAGCGAGCAAGCUCACCACCUUCGUCAACUUCCAGCUGAAGGACCUGGACCUGCGGGAAUUCGCCGCGCAGAGCUGCAACCACGCCGUUUACAACCUCUACGCCGUCUCCAACCACUCGGGCACCACCAUGGGGGGACACUACACCGCCUACUGCAAGAGCCCCGUCUCCGGCGAGUGGCACAGCUUCAACGACUCCCGGUGA